AUGGAGUUCAACGCUGGGAUAGGCACUCCGUCACCAGCUGAUAUGAUCAACGUAAACUGGGCUUUUCAAGCUAACUUCCAGCUGCCAUGGAACCGAAGUCAAAUACCAUUUGAUCUACUUGAAGCCAACAGUGGAUACGACGGGCUGUCGAGAAGAAAAAGAGAUGCAGAUGUAGAUGUCGAGGAGAUGAAAAGAGAUGGAGAUUACCAGAAUGACGCAAAGUUAUGUCACUUUUAUAAGUAUGUGGAAGAAGUGCUGAAUAGUUUCGGUCAAAAUGGCACAUCAUGCGUUCUUCAAACGUUAUGCCGCCUCGGAGCCGAACCGCUGCACUCUGAUGAUGAAGAGGAUCUACUCCACGAACUGGCCAGCUACGUCUUAAAUCCAACAAAUGACAUAUCCCUCGGCAUGACAGAGAAAGACGAACACUACAAAUACAUUGAAGCUUACAAACGUGGGGAAAAAGGACUCAAUUGCUUUAAUCUGUACAGUGAUUGUACCACGUCUUUAGUAGACAUGUUUACCAAGCUGCAUGAGAACUCUUGA